AUGGAGAGGUAUGAAGGCUACGUGUUCACCGCCCUGUGCAGCAUCAACUUCUUGGUGUCGUGUCUGCUGUUCUCCACAAUCACCCGGGAGCAGAGGGAGCCCUACAUGGACGAGAUCUUCCACGUCCCGCAGGCCCAGAAGUACUGCCAGGGGAAAUUCACGGAGCCCGUGGUGUGGCUGUUCGGCCUGACCGGCCCCGUGGUCUGCUCCCCCGCCAUGCUGCGCUUCGUCAACUUGCUCUUCAACUGCGGGAACCUCGGCGCGGCGUGCUUUGGGCGCGUGCUUCUGGCUCUGAUCCUGUCCAUGUUCCCGGUGCUCUACUUCUUCACCUUCCUGUACUACACGGACGCGGGCUCCACCUUCUUCGUGCUGUUUUCCUACCUGAUGACGCUGCACGGUUGCCACGGUGUCGCCGCCAUGCUGGGCGCCGCCGCCAUCUUGUUCCGGCAGACCAACGUGGUGUGGGUGGCGUUCUGCGCCGGGACUUUGGUGGCGGCCCGCCUGGACGAGGCGUGGCGUUUGGAGCACGCCAAACGGCGCGAGGCGCUCGCCAAACGCCGCGAGGACCGGUUAGCGUCGUCGUGGGAGGAGUCGGGGAUGCCGGCGUCGCCAUGGGAACUCCCGCCCACGCCGUCCGGCGCCAGACGCCUGGCGGUUUUCCUCACGUCCAGCAGAGAGAAGGAAGACCAGAGAAGUCUGAAGACAGGCCAGGAGUCUGGUUCUGAAUCUGGUUCUGAGUCUGGACCUGGUUUUGAAUCCGGUUCUGGGCUGAAGAUAUUGAAUUUGUUCGCCGUGUGGCGGGAGGCGUGGCCGUUCGCGGCGGUGGGCGUCGGCUUCCUGCUCUUCGUGGCGCUGAACGGCGGCGUUGCCGUGGGCGACCGCUCCAGCCACCAGGCCUGCUUCCACCUCCCGCAGCUCUUCUACUUCCUCUCCUUCUCGCUCUUCUUCUCGGCGCCCGCCUGGGCGUGCGUUAAGCGGGCGCGCCGCUUCCUGCUCGCCGUGCGGGCGCGCCCCGCCCUCUUCCUGGCGCUCGCCGGCGCCGCCCUGCUGGCCGUGUGGAGGCUAACCACCGCGCACGCCUACCUGCUCGCCGACAACCGGCACUACACGUUCUACGUGUGGCGCCGGGUGGUGGGGCGCCCCCCGCUGGCCAGGUACCUGCUGGUGCCGGCGUACCUGUUCUCCGGCUGGACGGCGCUGGACCUCCUGCGGGGAACGCGCUCGCUGUUCUGGACGCUGGGCUUCCUGCUGAGCGCGGCGCUGGCCACGGUUCCCCAGCGGCUGCUGGAGCUCCGCUACUUCAUCGUGCCCUACCUGAUGUUCCGGCUGCACGCCUCGCCGCUGCCCUCGCCGCCCCGCCUGCUGCUGGAGCUGCUGCUGCACGCCGCCCUCAACGCCGCCGCCGUCCACGUCUUCCUCAGCUGGACCUUCCAGUGGCCGGAGAGCAGCGCCCCCCAGAGAGCCUGGCGGCACACGCUGGCCACGGUUCCCCAGCGGCUGCUGGAGCUCCGCUACUUCAUCGUGCCCUACCUGAUGUUCCGGCUGCACGCCUCGCCGCUGCCCUCGCCGCCCCGCCUGCUGCUGGAGCUGCUGCUGCACGCCGCCCUCAACGCCGCCGCCGUCCACGUCUUCCUCAGCUGGACCUUCCAGUGGCCGGAGAGCAGCGCCCCCCAGAGGCUCAUGUGGUGA